AGAAAAAAGAAAAUAAAAUGUACCAAAUAUAAUAACAAGUAGGUUAAUUUCCACUUUUUGGUUCAAUUCUUUUUUUUUUUUUUUCUACAAGAGUAUAUGUUCAAAUAUAGCCAAAAAGUUUGAUUUAGUUAAUGAUUCAGAAUUCCACACAAACUAUGAUAUCUUUCUUAUUAAUGAGGUGUUAUUCCAUCUCAUUAUAAUAUGACCAAACCAAAUGGCAGGUCCUCCGCGCCAGCAGGUGGCGCCUCUCCGAGUCUCUCGGAGCGCCGUCUCCUUUCCAGCUCCGGUUCGGUGGAUGUAAACACGGGGACGCGCCUCCACCGGACCGACACCGCUGGAGUCGACAUGAGCAAGCUGGAGCUGCUCGGCGCCUUUCUUAAUGAGCGGCUGACGGCGGCCGCGGAGGAGAUCCUGGGCGCCGUGAAGGAGGCCGUGGAGGAGUACCAAAGCGAGAUCCUGCGCUCCCAGGAGGAGAACGAGCGGCUCAAGGGGCUCCUGCACGCGGCCGUGCAGCGCCUGCUGCUGCAGCCAGGACCUCCUCCGGUGUCACUCCAAGAAGACAUUCAGCUGCGGGAGUCAGAAUGGAGGAGCAGGGAGGAGCUGGUGCUGCUGCACGUGAAAGAAGAACCCAAGCCCAGACACACACAAACAGACUUAGAACAAGAACUUGAACAGAUCCCCUCAGAGGAGCCGAGCUUACAUGCUGCUUCCCUUCCGAGGGCCUCCCCGCCUCCGCUGGCGUCCAUGGAGCUGAAGAGGGAGGACUCUGGAGAGAACCACGUGAAGCUACACGCAUCCAGCAGCUCCUCAUCUCCAGCCAAGGCUCCUCUGGACUGCAGAGCAGCUCAGACCCGCACCGGCCUCCCCUCCACAAAGAGCCGCAGGCCCCCGAAAACUGCCCCCCCACUGAAGGGGCUGAAACCCGGCGUGCUCACGCUGCCCGUCAAGAACGGGAGGCCCCUCAAGUUGCCUCUGCCCCGCCCCUCUCAGCCGGGGCAGAGCAUCCAGAGGUGGCACAGCUGCAGCGAGUGCGGCAAGAGCUUCAGCUUCGCCUGCCAGCUGGAGGUCCACACGCGCUGGCACACCAAGGAGAAGCCCUACGGCUGCGGCGUGUGCAGGAAGAGCUUCACCACGGUCAGCAUGCUGAAGAGGCACCACCGCAUCCACACCGGCGAGAAGCCCUUCCGCUGCCACGUCUGCGGCAAGUGCUUCAACCAGUCCGCCCACCUCAACACCCACUUCAGGCUGCACACCCGGGACAGAGCCGGCCGGGGCCGCCCGCCGCAGUGAGCCCUCCACGCUCUUCUAUGCCCAUCAGGACGAUGAACCUCAGCAGACCUCAGCAGUGUCCAGUUGUUGUGCAGUGUGGCCCGUGUGUGUGUGAGGCUAGCAUUAAUUCCAGAGAUGUGCGUGCACGUGCUGUCUUUCAGACCUACAUCUGUGCACCCGUAUGCUUUCCCCAUGUAAAUACGUCUUUCUCCUCACCUGCACACUCCUAGCCCCGCCCAGUAGACAACAAUAAAAGGAUCUGGAUGCUCCACAGUGGCAUCCUUUGAUCAUCAUGUUCUUAAAGCUUCUGUCUGAACAGACCUCCUGAAAUCACUUAACUUCACAAUCAUCUGAUAUUGUGAUCAAAUGUGACGAAUCUCUCAAUUUAUGUUAAAAUAUUUAUGGCCAACGUUACAAUAUAAAGUUUUUCUUAAUUGAAUAAAUGUUCAGAAAUUACAAUCAGGAUUUGUGAAACUAUGUUUCUGAAAUUUUGAUAAUUUAAAGCUGUCACCGUCUGAAUUUAUGAUGCAAAUAUGAGAGGUGAGAAUAAAAAAAGAUCCAGCA